AUGGCUUCUGUGUCAGUUUCUUUCCCAAAAUACAUGUCCCAUAUUCCCACAAGACACGCCGGUCACUUGGCUGAACUAUGUAUUGUUCCACGAAAUCUUUCACUCAUGAAACAAGGGUCUGUCAGAGAAUUGAGAAUCGUUAGAAGUUCUAAUCAAACCGAACCUUUGAUUGAUUGUACUAAUAAACCAUCAGAUAUUCCUCUUCUGUCUUGCUCAGAGGCUACUGAAAGGUUAAAACAAAACAGAGAAAAACACAAAGGAAAGCAGCAAUUCCUGGCCAUGUACUCUAGCAUUUAUGGUGGAACAGUAACCGAUGCAGCAGCUAUGGCGAUCCCUAUGGAUGAUCACAUGGUUCAUAGGGGGCAUGGUGUCUUUGAUACUGCUGCAACAAUGAACGGAUACCUCUAUGAAUUAGAGCAACAUUUUGACCGUAUUAUAAGGUCAGCAUCAAUGGCAAAAAUUGUUCUUCCAUUUGAUCGAGAGACUAUAAGAAGAAUUCUUUUACAAACUGUAAGUGCUUCUAAGUGUAUAAAAGGAUCACUAAGAUAUUGGAUUUCAGCUGGACCUGGUGACUUUCAACUAUCACCUUCUGGCUGUAACCAACCAGCUCUUUAUGCAAUCGUGAUUGAAGAUCAAUCUUUGUUUGAUUCAAAAGGCAUCAAAGUAGUUACUUCAUCGAUCCCCAUUAAACCUCCCCAGUUUGCCACCACGAAGAGUGUAAAUUACCCUCCAAAUGUGCUUUCAAAGAUGGAAGCUGAAGAAAAAGGUGCAUAUGCAGCAAUUUGGCUGGAUGAAGAUGGAUUCGUUGCUGAAGGGCCUAAUAUGAAUGUGGCAUUCGUUACAAAGGAAAAGGAACUCUUGAUGCCCAACUUUGACAAAAUUUUGAGUGGUUGCACGGCUAAGAGAUUUUUGACUCUUGCGGAGGGACUGAUGACAGCGGGGAAGCUUCAUGGAAUAAGAGUGGAUAAUGUGAGUGUUGAGGAAGGGAAAAGAGCAGAUGAAAUGAUGCUUAUUGGCAGUGGAAUCCUUGUUCGCCCUGUAGUGCAAUAGGAUGAACAGGUCA